CUAGUGGAAUCGAUGUUUUUUUUAUUGUAUAUUGACAGUUUGCUAGUGUUGUAGGCCAGUUACUUUGUUCGUAUAGGAACGAGAAUGACUCAGCAUUUUCAACAAAUAUUAAGAUACGAUGUGCGUUGUUUUCUGCCCUCCAUUUUCGAUAAGCAAUCGUUAUCAGUUCGAAGUUUCGUUUCUUGGUGGACUACUUUAUUAAUUCAUCUACCACCAUUUUCACUCGCACUUCGUCAGUAAAUAUUAAUGAGAAAGAAGCGAAGGGAUACCGAGUGGUAGCGUAGCGACAGGCAGCAACUGUCAACUGUUGUUCAGUAUCGUUUUCAGGAUCAUUUGUUAGGAUUUGAUUAUUUUUUACUAGUUGGUUAUCCAGGAUGUUGCAUACGUUGUUGAUUCAUGAUAGAAUGUGGUACUUCGUACUGAUGCAUGGUGUUGAUCACGUUGCUCGACGAACCUAUGUGUUGUUGAUGAUAAUACGGUGUGGGCGCAUUGGCUGUAUUAUUUUGGUACGGAUGUUGCACAUACAUGUAUGUCUGUGCUCUGUCUGUUGUUUGAGUAGUGGCUAGGGGAUUAUAGUAUACAACUGGCUGUUAUUGAUUUGCGUUGUUAUUAACGACCGUUGGUACAUCUGUUAGCGUUGUAUAAACUGGAGUGUUUUCGUGCACCGACGACUGCUGGUGCCGAUGCUCCAAAUGAUUACGGGUCAGCUGAUCUGAUCGAGACAUUUGUCCCCAAGUGUUGUUAUUGAACACUUAUAUUGGUGUAAGACAAUGAAAAGAUUAUGGAUGAGAAUAUUUUUUUAUAUUUGUAUAAGAAUAGGAAAUAAAAGAAAAGAGCAGACGCUUCUUAUCGCUAGAGUUUAUUUUUGAAAAGUGUUUGAUGUUCAACUACUAAUUCAACAUAACUUAAUGGAUAGAUUGAUUAAGUACCUGAAGAGAAUGAUCAAGACAAAGUAUGGGAAAUAUCUGAAAAGGUAAAAGAAAGUCUUUGCUUUCUCGAAGAGGUGGACAACGACCCUGGUAGUGAAGACAACGAUGAUGAUGGUGGUGAGGAUGAAAAAGACGAAAAAGAAGAAGAGCAAGCUAACAAUACAUCUAAUAUAUCAACAACUGAUAUUCAGCCAACGAAUGCAAGUAAAACAAAUGAUAUAUCAUCACAGCUUAUUUGCUCCAUGUGGUCUUGUGCAAGCAGAACAUAUCUGACUGUUACAUUUUAA